AAUCUUUGGCACUGUCAAUAGCAGACUCUUUUUCAACGAUUUGAAAAAAUUUUCCCGGCGAUUAAAAAUUGGGAAAGCAAGUUAAAACAUUAAGUUUAACACGUUCAAAACAAAAUCAACUUCAAAGGCAUUGUUUAAGGGGGUUGAGACAUUAACACAUUAUUACCAAUUAACUGAAGCUUUGGAACUAGCUCAAUCAUCGUAAAAGUUUAAUUAAAUCAUUUAGGAAUGAUCGAAGAGAAUGAUGUGAGGAUGGAAGAUGAAUUUUAUGAUGAUGACAUGGAGCAUGAUGUGAUUGAAACUGGAGAGAUCCUUUCACAACAAAAGUACAAAUCAAAUAGCAUUGUGGUUGGGCAAAAGUUCCCUAAUUACAUAAAAGAACAAAUGGCUGAAAGGACUAAACGGAGUAAAGAGAAAAAGAGAGAACUGAGAAAUGGUCCUAGCACAAAAAGAUCCAGAAUGAGAAAUUUACAGAAUCAGAUGGCGACUAUGGCCCGAGAAAACUGUAAUGUGUUGCAACCCCGCACCCUUCCGUCUUACCCCCGCAGCUCUGUUUCACCCCUCAGUCGCCAUUUAGUUGUCUUUCUGCGAAGAAUCAAGCCUGGCGAAAUUACUCUUGUUGAAUUUACCUGUCUUUUGUGUCUCGCUCGUAUUCGUGAGCUCGGUCGGUUCAUCAACGUCCUUACCACGAGAUUAGUUCACGGCGCCACCACUAGAGGCGCCGAAUCACCACCGUGUAUGAGCGAGCCGAUCGACGUUUUCGACGGGGAUUUUUUCUUCGGUUGGCUCUGGAGUCCUACAAUGGCUGCCCCCGCUGCUGCCAACACGAGGCCUUUCCGGCCUUACGGCACUGCCCCUCCAUUUGACAUGGAUGAUUACAAAGACUCGUUUGAGAUUUGGCACGCACAAUGGGACAUUUUCCUCGAGCUCUCCACCAUCAACACGGCCCUCGACGCAGCCGACCAGCCACGAUACAAGGCAAACGUCCUCAAGUCGUGCAUGUCGAAGUCUACUCUCACAGUGCUCCUUACUUCCGGUAUGUCGGCCACCGAUCUUCAAGAUCCCGACAAAAUCAUCACGGCGCUCCGGGAUAGAUGCAAUGCCGGCCGUAACUGCCAUGUGUGGCGCCAACAAUUCUCGUCCCGCUUCCAACGAGACAAAGAAGCUAUCGAUGACUGGCUAUGCGAUCUGCGCUCUAUCUCCAGCAAGUGCGAGUUUGGUGCCGACUGUUGUGCUGCUUGUGAACCCACCCGAAUUCUGGGUCAACUCGUAUUCGGCGUGCGCAGCGACGACGACAGGCGGAAGCUGUUAGAGCAAGGGCCCACUUUGAAAUUGGAUGAUGCCCUGAAGACGCUGCGCCUCACGGAAGCUACUCGCAAACAGUCAGCUAAUCUGAAAGGUAGUGACGCCAGUUCCAUCUCGCGGAUGUCUCAAUCCACGUACAAAAAGAACAAAAGCAGCAAUCAACAAAAGAAGGUUUCAUUCGAGUCGAAAACGGAUACACACUCGUCCGCUGCCAAGCGUGGUAGCGCAUUGAAGGUCAGUGGUUGUUUCAACUGUGGUAGCAAGGAACACCACAAGAGGGCGGAUUGUCCGGCAUCCGGGAAAGAGUGUCACGCUUGUGGCAAAAGAGGCCACUUUUCGUCAGUCUGCAGCAAAGAGAAGAACAAGAAGUCGGGCGAUGUACGCUCAAUCAGCGUUCACUCCACUACAGUCGGUGCAGUCACAGCAGCCGAACUCGUCGAUAUCUUCGUCGCUCCGAAAAGUUCUUCAGGAUCUACUGCCCAGGUGCGCUUCCUGCCGGACACAGGGGCUGAACUCGACGCCAUCCCGCGCGAAACGUUUCGCCGAGCCUUUCAAGGCGUCAAACUCGCACCAGCCGCCUCUCCAGAGACCGCCACAGGAUCGCCGAUCGUGAACGAUGGUACCUUCACUGCUACGCUCAACUGGAACGCAGACGAUGAUUCGAGACGGCCCAUCACGGCAACAGUUCACGUUCUACAAGAUCUUAAGCAGGCCGUGCUCUCCAAAUCGUCUCAAAAGAAACUGGGUAUGUUGCCUGAAUCAUACCCUCAUGCUCGUGUGAGCACGCUCGCCUUGUCGGCCAUCACAGACGUCGAAACGGACACCAGUCCAAGUUCAUCCCUGCUCUUCCCUCACCUCCUCUCGCGCCCACCAGCACCAAUGACGGUCGCGGCGCUCGAGCCAGGCGUCACAGGCGAACGAAAAGCAGCCGAUCUCCAGAACCUUAUGACCGGUUUCCGGGUCAUUUUCGACGGUGUUUGCCGCCCAAUGAAAGGCCCGCCUUGUCACUUCGAACUGAAGGCAGACGCUACACCGGUCUCGAUGCGCGGAUCACGCCCGGUUGCAGUCCCACUCAUGCAGAAGCUCAAAGACGAGCUCGAUUUCCAGGAAAAGCAAGGCAUCAUUCGGAAAGUGACUGAACCAACAGCUUGGGUUCACCCAAUGGUCGUAGUGCUCAAAAAGUGCGGCGGGAUCCGGAUCACCGUGGAUUUCCAUUUUCUAAAUGACAAAAUCAUCCGCCCACGCUUUGAGUCGCCCACCCCGUUCCAGGCCGUGCGCACCAUCCCGAAAGGUAUGCGGUUCUUUACCGUUGUCGACGCACUCAAGGGCUAUCAUCAAGUCCCGCUCGAUGAAGAAUCGUCCGCUCUCACGACUUUCUCGACACCGUUUGGCAGAUUCCAAUACGUCCGACUCCCCAUGGGCAUCACUCACGCCGGUGAUGAUUUUGGCAGACGAGUCUCUGACGUGUUCGACGACAUCCCCAACACACGUCGAGUCGUAGAAGACAUCCUGAUCUUUUCUUCAACCUACGAGGAACAUGUGGAAGCAGUCCGCCAAGUCUUUACCCGCGCGAAGGAGCACAGUAUUUCCCUCAAUCCUCGCAAAGUGAUUUUUGCCGAGUCAUCUGUUCCGUUCGGCGGAUUCAUUGUCGACGCGGAAGGGUUCCGCCCAGAUCCUGCUCUCCUCGGUGCGAUCUCGCAAUUCCCGACGCCGCUGAACAUUACUGACCUCAGGGCCUUUUUCGGCCUCUGCCAGCAACUAGGAAAUUUUUCCCACGACAUCGCAAGCGCGCUCGUCCCUCUCUCGCCCCUUUUGAAGAAGGGGCUCAUCUUCGAAUGGACUUCGACCCACGACGACGCCUUCAAAGCAGCACGCGCGGCCCUAUCGGCUCACCACAGCUUGGCAUUCUACGAUCCCGAUCUACCAACUUCACUCCACGUCGACGCUUCCCGUCUUAACGGCUUAGGAUUUCUCCUAAAACAACAAAGCGCCGACGCCAAGUGGAUGGUUGUUCAAGCUGGAUCACGCUUUUUGUCAUCCGCCGAAUCUCGGUACGCGAUGAUUGAGCUCGAGUGCCUGGCCGCCGCAUGGGGAAUGCACAAAUGUCGGCAAUUCCUGGAAGGACUGCCGUCCUUCGAAUUAGUCACGGAUCACAAGCCUCUCAUCCCGAUCCUCAACAACUACGCACUAGAUAAGCUGGACAACCCCCGUCUCCUCCGAUUGCGGCUCAAAAUGCAGCGCUACGCGUUUACGGCGAGGUGGAUCCUCGGAAAAGAAAAUCGUGACUCAGACGCGCUGAGCAGAGCACCUAUCGCAGCAGCUACUUCUCAGGACGAGCUGGCCGAAGGGGCGUCUUUCGUUUCUCCCAGGAUCACUAUGCUGUGUGCUAUCGACGGGUCGGACCCAACGGUCAUCGAUCCCGUUUUAGAAAAGGUGAAAGCUGCCGCCGCCACCGAUCCCGUCAUGAAGGAGCUUCGCGAGGUGAUCCUCAGCGGUUUUCCGAACGAGAAGUGCAACCUUUCGCUGGCUCUUCGACCCUUUUGGCGUGUUCGACAUCAUCUAGCCGUCGACGGAGAAGAUGGGAUGAUUGUCAUGGGAGCUCGAGUCGUCAUUCCGAAGGCGCUGCAAGGCGAUUUACUGCGUGACCUACUGAAAAUGCACCAAGGCACCACCAAACUGCGGCAACGGGCACGACUGUCCGUCUUUUGGCCCAACAUGGAUGCUGAAAUUGUAAAUCUCGCCGGCGCAUGCGAGGAAUGCACUUCUAGCCUUCCAUCACACCCGCCGGAACCUCUUCGACCUCACGAGCCAGCUUCGCGACCCUUUGAGCAGAUUCAUGCAGAUCUCUGCCAACUCAACGGUCGUCAUUUUCUCAUCCAAGUCGAUGCAUUCAGCGGCUGGCCUCAUGUCGUCUAUUUUCCGGACGCCCACAUUUCCGCCAAGAAAGUCAUCAAUGCUGUCCGGGAGCUAUUCAUCAAUAUCGGUGUACCGGUCAAAUACUGGAAUGGGGAGUCUCACUCGGAGUGUCGUCUCCUCAUUUUCCCCAGUCUAACGGCGUCGCGGAAGCCGGAGUGA